AUGGCACUCUCGCCCAUCCAAGAGCUGGCUUUCGAGCCCCUCUUGCAGCCCAUAGAGCUGGGCCCACACGCAGCAGCCUCCUCCACGUCCACACUGACAUCAUCAGCUCGCCUCUCGGCAUAUCCCACCUCACCCCCACCUCGCAGCCUAGCGACAGGAGUCGUUACAAAUCACUACUUUCCGGGUAGCACAUCGCGACGCUCACGUCUUGGAGAUGGGUCAUUGCCAUUGUCUCUGUCCCAGCUGCAAAGCUCAUGGCCACCAGCUGAACCCGCCAGGCUUCGAGACGCUCCUGCGACCCCAGCCGAGGUGGAGCGUCGACCGAGCAGGUACACCGCAUUCACGGCUGCCAAAGUCAGCGAUACGUUGUCCGGUCCUUCUGUCUGCCCGCCUUUGAUAGCUGUCUCGCGCUUUGUUCCAAAUCGCACUGCUAUCGGAUCGUCAUCGGACCGCGCAUCCACCUCUUCUGGCCAGCGCAUCACUUUACUUCUCACCCACGGCGCCGGCUUCCACAAAGAGGUGAGUGCUUGGCCUCGAGAUGGACCGAGGAAACGCACAAGUAGUCCCGGGGCCUUCGGAGCUGCUCUCUCCCACACUCACACCUCUCAAUCCUGCGAUGUGAAAGCUGUUUGAACCCAUGAUCGAGCGUGUCGUAGAGCUGCUGGGCGCAGGUGGGCCUCAUCCUAUCGAGUUGGAGGAAGCUUGGUGCAUCGAUAUGCCAGGUCACGGCGAUUCAAGGGCAGUGGAUGGCAGCGAACCUUGGCCCAGUAAGUCGCGCUUGUUUGAUGAAAGCGAUGCUGCAGUGCUGACCUUUGCACACGGCGCCGAACGUCUCUGUCCAGUCGAUGGCAAAGACUAUAUGCGGGAUGUGCUCACCUUUGUUGCUCUGUACCUGCCUUCGCUUCGAAAGGAAGCGAAUGAGCAUAUGCCUACGCUUUUGAAGUCGGACGUUGAUGCGAUCAAGCUCUUGUCCAAUGUACACAACGCACCGCAAGAUGCUCCUCUUGCCCUCUCUACGCGCCCGAACCUCGUUGGUGUUGGCCACUCGAUCGGCGGAGAGACCAUGGUGGGAUUGGCGAUGCAUGCGCCGAGAUUAUUCAGCAGCAUAGCAGUCAUCGAGCCCAUCAUUCUCGAUGCGGCGACCCAGGCAUUUGGGACAAGGCUGCCACUGGCCAGGUUCGCGCUCAAAAAGGAGUGGAGAUGGGACAAUGUUGAAGAGGCAAAAAAGCAUUUCUCGGCGCAUCCCGUGUAUGGACAAUACAGAUUUGACGUCAGGCAGAAAUUUCUUGUGGGUUAGCUGCACAAUCGAGCAGCUUACUGCAUCGCGCCUUCUGGGAAGGAUGCAAGUGCGGGAUAAGUUUGCAGUCCAACCUAGCUCAUGCCCUUAUCACGGACCCACGCAGGCGCACGGUGUUACAGCCUCUUCAUUUUCGGCGACAACAGGGGCUGAGAAGGCUGUCAUGCUCAAAGCGAGCCCGUACACGGAAGCAGUGAGUUUCUUGGUGGAGAAGGUUUCCCAGCCCGCCGUGCACGUCCUUACAAGUGGCUCGAUCAUCUAUCCAAGAUUGCAUACCUCGACCAUCAGACAGUCGUGAGCCUAGCACCUCGAGGCGCCUUCUUCCCUCCUAUUCCGUCUGUUUGGAUCACAGGAUCGCGGCCACUGAUGUAGUACGUGUGCACCAUGGCACUCUACUGCAAGACCCUUCCGACGUGUGCUGAAUCUCCUUUCCCUUCUUGGCCCCUCCUCAAGCUCCGCGAAAGAUGCACCACCACUAGAGACUGUGCAUCGCCUUGCUCAGCGCUUUCGAGGCAUGCAGGUCGAAGUGCUUCAAGGAGGCCACAAUCUGCCCUACGACGACCCAGAAUCGGUGGCAAAGGCGAUUUGUAGAUUCAUUACUGCUUGCACGGGAACCGCAUCCAUCGCACCGCAUCUCUAA